GAAGCUCAGUUACGGGUUUGACACGUAUGCCGUUUUAUCCACUAUAAAAAGCUAAAUGUCAAUUACUUACGAACUUUUUGUGUUGCAAAUCUCAUCCGCCUUGUAAUUGCGAGCAGGAUUCAAGCAAAUAAUUGAUUUUGUGAUCCACCAGCAAGAUGAGUAGCAUAGUAGAUCAAGCAUGUUACACACUAAUAAACAUUCCUACAGACUCGGAGCCCUUGAACGAACUUCAACUUAAGCAAGAUCUCGAGAAGGGCGAUGUUAAUGUUAAGAUAGAAGCUCUAAAAAAGACCAUCAAUAUGAUACUAAGCGGCGAAAGACUUCCUGGCCUACUUAUGAUUAUUAUAAGAUUUGUUCUACCACUGCAGGAUCACACCAUUAAAAAGCUCUUACUCAUCUUUUGGGAAAUUGUACCUAAGACAACUUCGGAUGGAAAACUACUUCAAGAAAUGAUUUUAGUAUGUGAUGCAUACAGAAAAGAUCUGCAGCAUCCGAAUGAAUUUGUUAGAGGUUCUACUUUAAGGUUUUUAUGUAAAUUAAAAGAGCCUGAACUUCUGGAACCACUUAUGCCUGCCAUAACUGCUUGUUUAGAGCAUAGGCAUUCCUAUGUAAGACGCAAUGCUGUUUUAGCAAUAUUCACAAUAUAUAGAAACUUUGAAUUUCUUAUUCCCGAUGCUCCUGAACAAAUUGCAAAAUAUUUAGAGAGCGAACAAGAUAUGUCUUGCAGAAGAAAUGCUUUUCUUAUGCUGUUACAUGCAGACCAGACCAAAGCUCUUUCAUAUUUAGCUGCCUGUUUAGAUCAAGUUCCAAGCUUUGGGGAUAUAUUGCAGCUUGUUAUUGUCGAGCUCAUUUAUAAGGUCUGUCUAGCUAAUCCAUCGGAGCGUGCACGUUUCAUCAGAUGUAUUUAUAGUUUGCUAAACUCACCAAGUGCUGCAGUGCGUUACGAAGCAGCUGGUACAUUGGUAACUCUUUCGAAUGCCCCAACUGCCAUUAAAGCUGCUGCUUCCUGUUAUAUUGAAUUAGUCGUUAAGGAAAGUGACAAUAAUGUAAAACUAAUUGUCUUAGACAGAUUAAUUACCAUGAAAGAUAGUCUUAAUCAUGAAAGAGUUCUUCAAGAUCUUGUUAUGGAUAUUUUGCGUGUUCUAGGCUCUCCCGCCCUAGAAGUUAGAACCAAAACGCUUGCGCUUGCGAUGGAUUUAGUCACAACAAGAACGAUCGAAGAAAUGGUCCAAUUAUUGAAGAAAGAAGUAAUUCGAACAACGGGUGGUGAGCAGGAAGAUGCGGGAAAAUAUAAACAGCUUCUUGUAAGAACAUUACACGCUUGCUCGAUCAAGUUUCCAGAUGUAGCAGCAACAGUAAUUCCAGUAUUAACGGAGUUUCUUUCUGAAAAUAGCGAAUCAGUAGCAAACGACGUACUAGUCUUCAUUCGCGAAGCAAUUCAAACAUUUGAUAAUUUAAAACCCCUCAUAAUCGACAAACUUCUCGAGGUCUUUCCACAAAUUCGUUCUGUCAACGUUCACCGGGGAGCAUUGUGGAUCCUCGGAGAAUAUGGCACCUCCAAGAACGAUAUCGAAACUGUUAUGGCACGUGUAAGAUCCGUUCUUGGUGAAUUACCCCUUAUUGAGGCGGAAAAUAAAAGGCAAGCUGGGGAUAAGCCAGCAGAGGAAGAGGAAGCAAAUCAAGCUGCGCCAGCCCAGCUGGUUACCUCCGAUGGGACUUACGCGACCCAAAGUGCAUUCAGCACAUCAUCCGCAGGCAAAAAGGAGGAAAAACGCCCGGCUUUGGUUCAGUACAUGAUGGAUGGAGACUUUUUCAUCGGUGCCUCUCUUGCCACGACCUUGGCGAAACUGGCACUUCGGUACAAAGAAUUGGAGAAAGAUACAAAGAAGAGCAAUAGAAUGCAAGCGGAGUCAAUGCUCAUUAUGUCGAGUCUCAUUCAACUUGGCCGGUCUGGUCUUCCCUCCAAAGCUAUGACGCACGACGAUGCCGAGAGAAUUUCUUUAUGCUUACGAUCCUUGGCAUGCCCAACUACCAUUGUUGAAAAAGUCUUUACGGAAGGUUGCAGGAACGCCCUGGGCAAAAUGCUCACUGCCAAGGCCGAAGAAGAAUCGCAAAAUCAGCAGGCGAAGGAAAAGCCCUGCAACGUCGUGCAGGUCGACGAGGCGAUUCAAUUCUUGCAGCUGACGCGUGGCUCGGAUCUGUCGGGUGGUGCUGGCGACGUUUUCGAGCAAAGCUUAAGCGCCGCUGUAGCUGGUAGGCCAGGCAGCGAGAAAGAGACACCAGCGCCAAGUGCCUUGAGCAAAGUAACUCAGCUGACUGGCUUUUCGGAUCCGGUUUACGCCGAGGCCCUCGUGCAUGUCAAUCAGUACGAUAUCGUCCUCGACGUUCUCAUCGUUAAUCAAACGGAGGAUACUCUGCAGAAUUGCACCCUCGAAUUGGCAACAUUGGGCGAUCUAAAGCUUGUCGAAAGGCCCCAGCCAAUCGUUUUAGCCCCGAGAGACUUCGCGAGCAUCAAAGCAAACGUCAAGGUUGCCUCAACGGAGAAUGGAAUUAUAUUCGGUAACAUUGUAUACGAUGUUUCUGGAGCUGCGUCGGAUAGAAGUGUCGUGGUCCUCGAUGAUAUUCAUAUUGAUAUAAUGGAUUAUAUCGUCCCAGCAACGUGUACGGACGCCGAAUUUCGACAAAUGUGGGCAGAAUUUGAAUGGGAGAACAAAGUCUCCGUUAAUACAACGCUUUCGGAUCUUCGAGAGUACCUUGCUCAUCUUCUCAAAUCAACGAAUAUGCGUUGUCUCACGCCAGAAAAGGCCCUUUCUGGACAGUGCGGAUUCAUGGCAGCGAAUAUGUAUGCUAAAUCAAUAUUCGGCGAAGAUGCGUUGGCGAAUUUAUCUAUUGAGAAGCCAUUGAAUAAAGUAGAUGCACCAGUGGUCGGUCAUAUUCGUAUUCGAGCCAAGAGUCAAGGGAUGGCAUUGUCACUUGGCGAUAAAAUUAGCACCGCACAGAAAACUGUUCAGAGCAAAGUUGUACAAGCAGCUUAAUUGAUUUUAUCGUAAAUAAAAGGGGGCGUUUUUCUUUUUUUUUUUUUUUUUCUUUUUUUUUUCGCAAGAAUUCGCGCGGUUGGUAUAUAAUUGAGGAAUAUAAUAAUUCCUCGAUAUCACAGUUUUUAUCAUCGACAUCCGUAAGGAUAUCUCUGUUCAAUUUUUUGGAAAUAUGUGAGGACUGUGCGAAUGAAGAAUGGCUUGGACUAAAGCUAACGAAUUGUUACUAAAGCCAAUGUUAAUAGCACACAAAAACAGUUUUAGUCGAAUUGCGUUUAACAAAGGAGAGAAGAUGCAAUGCUGAACGAAAAGUUGGAUGAUUGUUCAUUGCCGAUCGUAUAAAAGGAUAAGAUGCAUGUAUUUUUAGUUGAAUAAAUAAAUAUUAUAUAUAUAUAUA